UCCUAUCCUUACCUUUCUCUAAUCUUUAAAGCCCAAGCAGUCGGCGCACCAUAGCAACCGCCCUCUCCUUAUGCGCAUUUAACCCCCGCUUUCAUGGCCUUCUCCUCCACUCUGUCGCUCUACUCUCACCCCAAGGUUAUUCCGAAGAAGCAGAGGCUUGGAUUUGAUGCGUUGGCUUCGGACCACGGCACCUGGCCUGGUCCUGAUACGGCUUGGUUUAUUACUACGGGACAUGGUUCGAGGUCGAAGAGAUUGGUGAUUACGGCAGCGUACGGUGCAGAGGGAGGCGCUAGGCGGCGCGUCUACAGACAGUCGCAGUCUCAGCAGCCUCUUGGUAGUUCUCCCGUGAAUCAGAUUGCAACGUAUGUGGUGCCCGCUGGCGUUUUGUCGCUGCUACUUUCGCUGACAGUUUUAUGGAAAUUGGUGGAAAAACUCCUUGCGCCGAAUCCAUCAAGGUCUUCAUCUGUUGAAGCUAAAUCUCCUUCACAAGGAGUGAAGUGGUCUUUUGCUCCAGGAACAAAUCUAUUGUCUGGCAUUGCUGCUAAGAUUGAGAGACAGUCAACGCAGAUGCUCAAUGAAUUUGCCAAGGAACUCAGGACAUUUGACAGUGUUGACAUGUCUGGACGCAACUUUGGAGAUGAUGGACUAUUUUUUCUUGCCGAGAGCUUAGGUUACAAUCAGAUUGUCGAGGAAGUAAGUUUUGCUGCUAAUGGCAUAACAGCCACAGGAAUAAAAGCCUUUGACGGUGUUCUUCAAGCAAAUACAGUAUUGAAAACACUUAAUUUUUCAGGAAACCCCAUUGGAGAUGAAGGAGUAAAGUGCCUAUGUGAUAUUUUGGUAAACAAUGGUAGCAUUCAAAAGCUCCAGCUAAACAGUGUUGACUUAGGGGAUGAGGGUGCAAAGGCAAUUGCAGAGUUGUUGAAGAAAAAUUCAACCUUACGUGUUCUUGAACUUAAUAACAAUAUGAUUGACUAUUCUGGAUUUACAAGUUUAGCAGGAGCUCUUGUUGAGAAUAACUCUAUCCGGCAUUUACACCUAAAUGGUAAUUAUGGAGGUGCUCUGGGGGCUAACGCAUUGGCCAAAGGGCUAGACGGGAACAAGUCGUUACGGGAACUUCAUUUACAUGGAAAUUCAAUUGGCAAUGAAGGAGUUCGCUCUUUGAUAUCUGGCUUAUCUUCACAUAAAGGAAAAAUUACCCUACUGGACUUUGGGAACAACUCAAUUACUGCAAAAGGUGCUUUUCAUGUCGCGGAAUACAUCAAAAGGAGCAAGAACUUGCUAUGGGUGAACCUUUACAUGAAUGACAUUGGUGAUGAGGGUGCAGAAAAAAUUGCUGAAGCUUUGAAAGAAAACCGUACAAUAACAACCAUAGACUUGGGUGGAAAUAAUAUUCGAGCCAAGGGGGUUGGUGCGAUAUCUGAAGCCUUAAAAGAUAAUGCUGUCAUUACUAAUUUGGAACUUGGUUAUAAUCCCAUUGGAGCUGAUGGAGCUAAGGCCUUGUCUGAAGUUCUUAAAUUCCACGGAAAUGUGAAAACACUUAAGCUUGGUUGGUGCCAGAUAGGACCAAAGGGUGCAGAGUUCAUUGCAGAUAUGUUGAGAUAUAAUAAUACCAUAUCAAUUCUGGACUUGCGAGCAAAUGGACUUAGAGAUGAAGGUGCAGGCUGCCUGGCUCGCAGCUUGAAAGUGGUUAACGAAGCUUUAACUUCACUUGACUUGGGAUUCAACGAGAUUAGGGAUGAUGGUGCUUUUGCUAUUGCUCAAGCACUCAAGGCCAAUGAAGAUGUCACAGUAACAUCACUCAACCUUGCGAGCAAUUUUCUUACAAAGUUUGGGCAGAGCGCACUGAGCGACGCAAGAGAUCAUGUUUUUGAGAUGAGUGAAAAGGAAGUCGAUAUUUUCUUCUAGGAGUCGUCUCUCAAUUGAGAGAAAUAGUUAUUUCGACAAUCAGAUUUUUGGUUUAUUCUUCCUUUGAUAGAGAAUUUCAAGUUUUUUGUUUAAGUUCUUUAGCUCUAACCAGCAACAAGAGGUACAUAUGGAAAAUUUUGACGCACAGAUAUACUAUUUAGCUUCACUAAUGGCACAUUUUUGGUCCCAAACAUAGUAAUUACAAGCAUCCCGUUGUGUUUGUAUUAUAAUUGGCGAAGGAAGGGCUGUUUUUGUGGAUCAUGGUAGCAUAUAUUUUUUCCCCUCUUA